UUGGGCACUGUCAUUCAUUCUUUCAAUAAAAUAAAAAAGAAUACACCAAGUACUGUUUUUGUGCAGUGAAUGGCAAUAAAGUGGAAAUUUUAAAAGAGUUUUCCACGCAAAUCGGCAUCCAUCCUGCCCGAUAAACCUAUCCCAUAACAUUCGGACAGAAAUGUGAUAUUUAGCGGUGAAUUUAUCCUCAGGAAAACCAAGUUUCAAAGCAGUGAAAACAGCACGGCCAAUUCACUUGUUCCCCUUCCCACACAAAUACCAGAAGCGCAUCAAUCUCUGCGAAACGAAACAAAAAAAAAAUACUGCACGGGUCGUUGGCUGCACAAGUGCAUCGUGCAGGAGAGAAAAAAAAAACGAAGGAGGAAAACUAAAAGAGGAAAACUAUGAGCACUACAGGUGUUUUGCCGUUCGUGCGUGGAAUAGAUUUCACGAACAAUGACUUCAGCGAAGAUAAAUUUCCCAAGAAUAUCAAACACAUGUCCGGGGUCCAGUGGCUCAAGCUGGACCGUACCGGCAUGGACACGAUACCGGACGAGAUGGGCAAGCUGGUGAAGCUGGAGCACCUGUCGAUGAAGAACAAUCAGCUCGAGAAAUUGUUCGGCCAGCUAAGCGAACUGGGCUGCCUGCGAUCGCUGAACGUGCGCCGGAACAAGCUGAAAAGCCACGCCAUCCCGUCGGAUCUGUUCGAGCUGGAAGAGUUGACCACGCUCGACCUAUCGCACAAUCGCCUUAAGGAGGUGCCGGAGGGUUUAGAGAAAGCCAAAGCACUGCUCGUGCUCAAUCUAAGCAAUAAUCAAAUCGAAACCAUUCCACCCUCGCUGUUCAUCAACCUGACCGAUUUGCUGUUUCUCGACCUGUCCAACAAUAAGCUGGAAACGCUACCGCCCCAGACGCGACGGCUGUCCAACCUGCAGACGCUCAUCCUGAACGACAAUCCGCUCGAGCUGUUUCAACUCCGCCAGCUGCCGUCCCUGCAGAGCUUGGUCUGCCUGCAGAUGCGCAACACGCAGCGAACGAUCAACAACUUUCCCGCCUCGCUCGACAGCCUGUCCAACCUGCAGGAGCUGGACCUGUCCCAGAAUGCGCUAUCGAAGGUGCCGGGCGCACUGUACAACCUCGCCAACUUGAAGCGCCUCAACCUGAACGACAACGUGCUGGAAGAGCUUUCGCCGCUGAUCGAAAACCUUACCAAGCUGGAGACGCUGAACCUUUCCCGCAACAAGCUAACCGCCCUGCCCGCCACCCUCUGCAAGCUGCAGGAGCUGCGCCGCCUGUACGUGAACGACAAUCUGCUCAACUUCGAGGGCAUUCCGUCGAGCAUCGGCAAGCUGAGCGCGCUGGAGGUGUUUUCCGCCUCGAACAACGAGCUCGAGAUGGUCCCGGAAGGGCUGUGUCGCGGCUGUGGUUCGCUGAAAAAGCUUAACCUUAGCUCGAACAAGCUGAUCACCCUGCCGGAAGCGAUCCAUCUGCUGACCGACAUGGAGCAGCUGGAUCUGCGCAACAAUCCGGACCUGGUGAUGCCCCCGAAACCGAUCGAAGCGCAGCGGGGCGAUGGGCUCGCCUACUACAAUAUCGAUUUUUCGCUCCAAACCCAGCUGCGGCUGGCCGGCGCAAACGUGCCGGCUCAGGUACAGGGUGCGGCGAACGCCGGAAAGGAUCCGAUCGCCCGAAAGCUGCGGCUUCGGCGCGGCGCCCGUAACGACUCGUCCGACAAUCAGGAUUCGGCCAAAAUCCUGAAAGGCAUGCAGGACAUCGCGAAGGACAAAAACAGCGGGCUCGGGUUCGGGGAGGAAAAGGUGGAAAACCUGAAGCCGAAACGCUGGGACGAAACGCUGGAGAAGCCGCCGGUCGACUAUUCGGAGAUAUUCGAGGACGAGGACGGCCAGUACCCGGGGCUGACGGUGUGGGAGAUUGAGAACUUCCUGCCGAACAAGAUCGAGGAGGCGGCGCACGGGAAGUUUUACGAGGGCGACUGCUACAUCGUGCUGAAAACGUCGCACGACGACAGUGGCCAGCUGUCGUGGGAGAUUUACUUCUGGAUCGGCACGAAGGCAACGCUGGACAAGCGCGCCUGCUCGGCGAUCCACGCGGUCAACCUGCGCAACUAUCUGGGCGCCCGGUGCCGUACGAUCCGGGAGGAGCAGGGCGACGAGUCGGACGAGUUUCUGGCACUGUUCGACUCGGACGUGACGUACAUCGAGGGUGGCCGCACGUCGACCGGGUUCUACACGAUCGAGAACGCCGUCUACAUUGUGCGGCUGUACCGGGUGCACGACGCCGGGCCGAACAUCCAUCUGGAGCCGGUGCCGGUGAGCUACCAGUCGCUCGAUCCGGGGUACGUGUUUCUGCUGGACACGGGCCUGAACAUUUUCGUGUGGUACGGGACGCGGUCGAAGAACACGCUCAAGUCGAAGGCACGCUUCACGGCGGAAAAGAUCAACAAGCACGAGCGGAAGAACAAGGCCGAGAUCUAUCAGGAGUACCAGCGGCAGGAAAGCUUAGACUUUUGGCGUGCGCUCGGGUUCGCCGACGGUCAGGGGCCGCAGGACGAGGAGGCGGAGUGUCUCAACCAGUCGCACGUCGAUCCGGAGUUCGUGCCGGUGCCGCCACGGCUCUACCAAAUCCAGCUCGGCAUGGGCUACCUGGAGCUGCCGCAGGUGGAGCUGCCGGGCGGCGGUUGCAACAAAACGCUCACCCACACCAUACUCGCCAGCAAGAACGUGUACAUUCUCGACUGCUAUCUGGAUCUGUUCGUGUGGUUCGGCAAGAAAUCGACCCGGCUGGUGCGGGCCGCCGCCAUCAAGCUCUCCCAGGAGCUGUUCAGCAUGAUCGACCGGCCUGACUACGCGAUGAUCACGCGCGUCCAGGAGGGCACGGAGACGCAGGUGUUCAAGUCCAAGUUUACCGGGUGGGAGGAGAUCAUAGCGGUCGAUUUCACGCGCACCGCCCAAUCGGUGGCGCGGACCGGCGCCGACCUAACGCAGUGGGCCAAGCAGCAGCAAACGAAGGCCGAUCUGGCCGCCCUGUUUAUGCCCCGCCAGCCGGCCAUGACGCCGAUGGAGGCGGCCCAGCUCGCCGAGGACUGGAACUACGAUCUCGACGUGAUGGAACCGUUCGUGCUGGAGAACAAGAAGUUUGUCCGGCUGCCGGAGGAGGAGCUGGGCGUGUUUUACACGGGCGAGUGCUACGUGUUUCUCUGCCGCUACUGCCUCCCGGUGGACGACGAGGACGAGCCGGACGGGGAGGAGGACGAGGGCCACGACUCGACGGUGGCGGCGGGCGGACCCGGUACCGAGGGUGCAUCGUCGGGCCCGAUCGGCAAGGCGUCGCUAAAGGCGCUCGAUCCGGCUGCAACCCCGGCCGAGGAAAUCCAGUGCGUGGUGUACUUCUGGCAGGGUCGUGAGGCGGGCAAUAUGGGCUGGCUAACGUUCACCUUUACGCUGCAGAAGAAGUUCAAGUCGAUGUUUGGCGAGGAGCUGGAGGUGGUACGGAUACACCAGCAGCAGGAAAAUCUGAAGUUUAUGUCCCACUUCAAGGGCAAGUUUGUGAUCAAGAAUGGCCGGCGCAAGGAGAAGCAGCGCACGCCCGAAGGCAAGCUGCCGGUCGAGUUCUACCAUCUGCGGUCGAACGGGAGCGCACUGUGCACGCGCCUGAUACAGGUCAAACCGGAAGCGAAUGUGCUGAACUCAGCGUUCUGCUACAUUCUGUUUGUGCCGUUCGAAACGGACGAUGAUUCGGAAUCGGGUAUCGUGUACGUGUGGAUCGGCUCGAAAACCACCGGCGAGGAAGCGAGACUGAUACAGGAAAUAGCGGAGGACAUGUUUAACAAUCCGUGGGUUAGCUUACAGAUCCUUCACGAAGGUGAGGAACCAGAAAACUUCUUCUGGGUAGCGCUCGGUGGCCGCAAACCGUACGACACGGAUGCGGAGUACAUGAACUUUACCCGCCUGUUCCGCUGCUCGAACGAGAAGGGCUACUUUACGGUGGCGGAGAAGUGUUCCGACUUUUGUCAGGACGAUCUGGCGGACGACGACAUCAUGAUACUGGACAACGGCGAUCAGGUGUUUCUGUGGCUGGGGUCACGCUGCAGCGAGGUGGAAAUUAAGCUCGCCUAUAAAUCGGCACAGGUUUACAUCCAGCAUAUGCGCAUAAAGCAACCCGAGCGGCCGCGAAAGCUUUUCCUCACGCUGAAAAACAAGGAAUCGAAACGGUUCACCAAGUGCUUCCAUGGCUGGAGUGCGCACAAAAAGCCACCGGAGUAAACGGAGAUGCAAAAGGGGACGAGUCGGAGUGUCCCGAGCGGCGGCUACAAAAACGGUGUAAAUGUGUGUUGAACAGAAUCGCGCAAAGCAAAAAAAAAAA